GUCGAAACCAAACUCUCCAUUUUUCGCAGCUACAACGUCUUUUGCGACGGGAGCCUUUUCGCUAUUCAGCAGAACUACCUUCGUAGUUGCAUUCAGUAUUUCUCAAUUCUCACCCUCUUUCAAUUGCGUUCAACGCCGGCUUCAAUACAAACCAGGGAAUUGAUUGUGCACAUUUCGUCGCACGUCCGUAAAAUUUCACACUCCUUGCUUUCGCAGCCGUCCUGCGAAUCGAGUCUUUAGUCCGAACCAAUCAAUUCGUCCGAUUCUCAACUUCACAAUGGCGGACAGCUUCAACGAGGAGACCAUGGUCAAGGAUGCACCCAGAGGCGCGGCUGCCGACGUUGAGAUGGCCGAGGGCGAAGCCGGCGCCGCGAGCGAAAACCCCAACGCCGAGCUUCCCUUUGCUGAAGGAGGCCCCGAGGACGCUCCCGCUCCGCGCACCACCUUCCUGCAAUACCUGACAAGCCCCGUCGUUACCCUGCUUGUCGGGUCCGGCGAGAAUGAAACCAUCCUCACGGCUCACCAGGGUCUGCUCACCCGGAGCCCCUUCUUCGCAGAGGCCUGCGCCGAGUUUGUUGACGAUGGUAGCCCUCGCCAGAUCGAGCUCCCCGGCGAAGAUCUCGACGCCAUGGGCUGCUUCCUCGAGUUCCUGUACACGGCCGACUACUUCCCCAGGAAGGUGCCCGGGCAGCGCACGCUCGAGAAGGACCCCUCGACCCCCGAGGUGGACAUGACGGGCGAGCAGCUCCUCAAGCAUGCUAAGGUCUACACCCUUGCGGACAAGUUCGGCCUUACGCACCUCAAGAACCUGGCGUCGAGCAAGAUCCACUGCGUCAACUCGACGGCCAAGGGCGAGAUCGCCUACGCCCGCUACAUCUACCAGUUUACCCCGCCCACCGACACGGCCAUCCGCGUGCCUGUCGCGAAUUUCUGGGCCACGCGCAGUCACACGCUGCGCGCCGAGGCCGAGGACGAGUUCCGCGACUUGUGCCUGCAGUUCCCCCAGUUCGGCUACGACGUGCUCACCCGCGUGCUCGACGACAAGCUCAAGCGCGAGCGCAACGAGAAGAUGCACCCCGGCGCCCCCGGCAGCGCGCGCAAGCGGCCCCGCCACAGCAGCACUACCCAGGCGUAGAUCGCGCAAUGAACGGAGAGGAAGAGAACGCGAAGCAAUGGAACGCAUAUGCGGUCGCCGAUCUCGGGUUCUUUUGCGUUGGACAUUCCGGCGUGUUAUUGCGAUUUUCUUGCGACCUGGUGGUCUGUUUUCUGCUUUCGAAGCUUGAGCUGGGUAUAAGGUUUCUGGGCUUACCAGUUUGCAAGUUGGCCAGGUGAAGCACCUUGCCACAUGCCAUUGCCGCUACUAGGCGCCCUCAGGAGAUGGAUUGAUGGUUUUCAAGGGCGCGGGAUAGUUCUUUCUUGAGGUCUGCUUCGUCCUGGGAUCCGGCUGGGGAUCCACUCGCUCGGGGAAGGGAGGGAUUGCUUGUGAGUAAUCAGCCUUUGCUAAGGCAAUUCGCAUUGGGUCGUUUCGUUAAGGUGUAUUAUAGGUCUUGUACGAAUAAACACUCUAUCUGAGGUA